ACUCCUCCGUCAGUCGCAGUUCGAUCGGCGAUCGCUCGUCUCCACACGCACGCGCGGGAUAACAACGGGUGCAUCUUUUUCUUCUCUCUCUCUCUCUCUCUUUCCUUCUUCCCCACACGCGAGAGAUAGGAGGGAAAUUAUACAUUUAUAUAUCUGUUUGGUAUUUUCGAUCAUUCGAGAAGAGGAUGAGGCAAUUGGUGGCAAUCGUGACGAUCGCGUCUCUCUCGGUGGGAGGAUGUUUGGCCGGGCAGGAUUUCCUCUCGAAAUCGUUGAACGAGUGCAUCGCCGCCGACUCUUGGCUGUCGUGCCUCAAGCAAGAGGUGCUCGGAUACUUGGACGGGAAGCUUGGGACGAGCACCGAGGCGAGAUCCUUGGACACAAUUGACGAGGCCAUAGUCGCCAGGACGUUCAAGUACCUGAAGAGUUUCGACUACGGGUUGGAUCUACCCUUCGUGGACGCUAGCCUCAAGUACAGGCCGAGCAGGAGUUUGGCGGAUCUGGAUAUCGAGUUCAAUGGGAACGAGGUGGCCACCGGGCAGGCAAGAGGAAUGUUGAAGAAGAAGCUGCUGUUGCCCUUCCUGCUCCUCUUGAAAUUGAAACUGAAGGCCCUUAUGCCGAUCCUCGUCGCCGUCGUUGGAUUGAAGGCGUUGAAGGCUCUGAUACUCUCGAAACUCGCCGUCCUCCUCGUCGUUGGAUUCAUCGCUGUUCAAUUGUUCAAGAAGGGUGGAAUGAUGAUGCCAAUGGGAAUGUCGAUGGAACCGGCUACGCCGGCGUACGGAGCUCCACCUAUGCCCUCGACCACGUCGAGCUACGAUCCGGCGAACACGUGGGACGGAAAUGGCCCUUACUCCCGCGUAUGGACGCCGACCAACGGUGUGGAAGCGCAGAAUCUAGCUUACUCUUACUACUCUCCGAGCAGCGGAUCCAACACUUACAGCGGCUCCUCGUCCUCCUCGUCCUCCUCGUCGUCGGUCAAUUCCGCCAGCUCGACGAACUAUUAGGCGAUUGUACGGAUAGUCGACUCGUUCUCCCCUUUUUAACUCUCAUUUUUAACGACAGAUCGAUCGCACGAUCGAGAGACCAAAGAAAAAUACGCACGCCAAAUAAUCGUUUCAAGUGACGAUUGGACGAUCGUCGAUCGAUCGAUCAUUCGAAGACUGUCGAUCAUUCUUGAUCACUGUCCCAAAGUUCCGUAUUCUCGUCGAUGCGAGAACUUAAUUUAGAAUCAACGAGUUCUGUAAAUUUUUUCGGGAUCAUUGAAUUGUCGAGGAAGAUCGGCGAGAGAAUGGAAGAAUUUUUAAGAUUGUUCAGCGUUGCAAUAGGAAUUCGGUUUGCAAAAUGGAAUGGACAGGAGACGAUAGAGCGUCCGGACGACGAGAAGAACUCGAAUCUGGCUGGAAAUAUACUUCUUUUCUUCCUUUUGUAAUAAACUCCGGAACGUUGUUGCUUCCUUUAUUUAUUAUUACUCGCGCGGCACGAUUAUUUAUUUUUGUCUCCUUCGCAUUUGUUAAUAAAAGCAUACGAAUAACAA